CCACCCAUGCCCUAGAUCCGCUGACGUCCUCUUCCCAGAUCCACUGCUCCCAUCAUCAUCAUCAUCAUCAUCAUCAUCAUCAACAUCAUCAUCCUCUCUUUUAAGUCAAACCCUCUUCCUUCUCAUUCACUACCAUAUCCCCUUCCAGAUCUCUCUUUUCUCUCUCUCUUCUCCCAGCUCUAUAUAUAUUCCUUCUAUCCCUCCCAUCUCUUUCACCGAUUUCUUCUCUCGAUUUCCGAAUGGCGUCGUCGAAGCAACAGAUGCAUGUGCUUGCAGUGGACGACAACAGCGUCGACCGCGCCGUAAUCUCCCGGAUUCUCCGCAGCUCCAAGCACAAAGUCACCGCCGUCGACAGCGCUCAGCGCGCACUCGAUCUUCUUGGCCUGGAACCGGACGUGAAUAUGAUAAUAACUGAUUAUUGGAUGCCGGAUAUGACUGGGUUUGACUUGCUUAAACGGGUCAAGGAGUCUUCUGUGCUGAAAGAGAUCCCAGUAGUGAUAAUGUCUUCUGAGAAUGUUCCUAGUAGAAUCACGAGAUGUUUGGAGGAAGGAGCAGAGGAUUUCUUGUUGAAGCCGGUGAGGCCUGCUGAUGUAUCAAGGCUUUGCACCCGCAUGAUGAUGCGGUGAUGGCCGUUGGAUUCAAAUCAGACGGCUGGGAUGAAAAAGUUUUGUUCUUUUUUUUUUUUUUCUAUCCUUUUUUUGAUACAGAGAAAGAGUAGUUGUGGUUGUUUUGUUUUGGUGUUCUGGUGGGGAAUGUAAUU